AAACGUAGGAAACAGAGUCACGAUCGAAGGAGGAAGAGAAACAAGAGUGGAAUUACAUGCGUUGGUCUUCAAUCUGGCCUUUCUGCUGAAAAUUACGAAUGGAUGAUGCUCCAAAACUAGAUUUGAUAAGUAAUCUGCCUUUAAGCAUUAUAGAGAGCAUCCUUGUCCGGUUGCCUAUAAGGGAAGCCGUGAGAACAAGUAUAUUGUCAAGUAAAUGGAGGUACAGAUGGUCAGGAAUUACAGAUCUCGUAUUCGAAGAUGACCUAUUUCUUCUCAAUGACAAGCUCAAAAAGUUUAUCACUCAGGUUCUCCUUCUUCAUGCUGGACCAAUUCACAAGUUUCAGAUUACUACUUCCAACUUACGAAUCUGUCCUGAUAUUGACCAAUGGAUUCUUUUCCUUUCAAGAAAUGAUGUUAAAGAAAUCCUUCUUGAAUUAGGAGAGUGUGAGUGGUUUACUGUUCCUUCUUGUCUGUUCUCUUGUCAAAAAUUGACUCGCUUGGAGUUGGUUCGAUGUGAAUUACACCCACCCCCGACUUUUAAAGGAUUCUUGCAUUUGAAGAUUCUCAAUCUUCAUCAAGUUUCAAUUACCUGUGAAGCUAUUCAAAGUCUUGUUUCUAGUUGCCCUCUCCUAGAGUGUUUGUCAUUGUCGUAUUUCGAUAGUUUAGCUCUCAAUAUUUCUGCUCCAAAUCUCAAAUACUUGGUCCUAGAAGGCGAAUUUAAAGAAAUCUGUCUUGAAAAUACCCCGGGUUUGGUUUCUGUAACUGUGGCUAUGUAUAUGUCUGAUGACGUUGUUGAACACUUUGAGCAAAGUUCGAGUUGCAAUUUUAUCAAAUUUUUUGGCGGUGCACCUCAUCUUGAACGGCUCAUUGGGCACAUAUACUUUACAAAGUUUUUGAGUAUAGGUAAUGAACUAGGAAGACAUCCAAUUACAUACCACCAUCUAAAGAAUAUUGAACUGUAUCAAGUAAGUUUUGAAGACAUAAAGGAGAUACUGGUCAUUCUUCGCUUGAUAAUAUACUCUCCUAAUUUAGAAGAACUUCAAAUCUCGGGUUCCUCGAACACAUCAGUGUCACCAGAAGUACUCGAUUUGGAUUUUUGGGAGAAUGAAUGCCCUUUAGAUUGUGCAUUCAAAUGCCUUAAAACUGUGAAGAUGACAGACAUUUCUGGUCUGCCACAUGAGAUGAGAUUUAUCAAAUUUUUACUUGAGAACUCACCAAUCCUCGAGAUAAUGAGCAUUACACCCUCUGUAUAUGCCAUAGAAGGAAGGAUGCAUAUGGUAACAGAGCUGCUGGAGUUCCGACGAGUUUCUCCCCAAGCAAAAAUCAAAUUUGUUCUAGAUUGAGCAGACACUAUCUCAUGUAAUAUCUUUCCUUUUGCCAUUUGCCUCUCUAGCAUUUUUUGUGUUGGCAGGAGAGUUUGGGCUGCAUGCAGCUAGUCUGUGUGAAGUUGUUCUGAAUUGAAAGCAUUAAAUGAACUAACAGAGUUUUUUUUUUUUU